AUGAUAACAAGCGAGCAUCGACAGGCAUUGCGACCUGCAAUCCUGAUGGUGACUCAAGACUGUGAGUGGGAGCGUGUUCUUGCAGUUGUCCAAUCCAGAGAUACCAUGGAGCCUCCUGACAAGAAUAUAAUAGUAGAACUAGAAUAUAGGAAACGACAUGUCCUCUUUCCCCCGAUAAUUGCUGGCCAAUUCAUCCCUGGUUCACCAGAGUUUAUUCCUGUGUAUCAUGAUAACAUGAGAUAA